AUGCCACCAAACGCAACAGCCAGUGUCGAUGGGUCGUUUGAGCCAACUGUAUUGGCGAAUCAUUUUUGGGCAUGCGAUCGACGAGGAAUGGAUCAAUUAGUGGGUUGUAUUCGUCAAUCCUACGAUGAUCUUGAAGGCAUACAUGAACUUUACAAGGAUCGGGCUGAGUUGGAGCAAGAAUUUGGACAAAAGCUGAUGGCGUUGCAUGACAAGUUUGAAAAGACAAAGGACAAAAAGACUGGAUCCUCCUAUCGUGCCAUUACCACUGUUCACCAAGAGCUUGCCAAGUCUGCCCAGUCGCAUUUGGAUAUGUCAAGCAGGCUUCAAGAUGAGGUGGCACCCCAGCUAGGUGAUUGGAUCGCACAUCAUCGUGAAACAUUGGAUAAGCUGGUGAGCUCGUUGGAUGCAUUGUACAAGGAACGUCAAGAAAAGCUCUCGAUAAUGUUACGCGCACGUGAUUUUCCAAAAAGACGAGAUGAAUAUCAAAGUGCUCUAACGCAAGUGAACCAAUCAGUGGAUGAAUGGAAUACAACUUGGAGGAAUGCAUGUGAGGAGUUGGAACUUUUGGAGCAGGAUCGGGUUGACUUUUUUAUCAGCAAUGUAUGGGAUUAUGCCAACCUUGCGUCGGCUCGGCUACUUGUUCAAGAUGAGUGGUGUGAAAGUAUCCGCAAGCAGUUGGAGGAAUGCAAUCUGCAAGAUGACCUCGCUUUUUAUGUGGAGCAUCAUGGCACAGGAACCAAAGUACCAUCAACCUCGGACUAUGCGGAUUAUUUUGCCGAAAAGAUCGUCAACAAGCAGCUACCUCCUCGACCACGCACAAUGAGCAGCACAACUACCGCUAGCCUUAACAAACCAAUCAUGUCCGAAAGCUUCAAGACCAACAGUGUUAAUGUUAAGCGUAAACCUUUGGGCAACAAAGAUGCUACAUUGAAUGCAUUAUUGAAAAAGUUUGAACGGCCACCUAUUCCUCCUGUUGAAGGACGUCCUGAGAUAACAAGCACAAGCAAACCAACAAUGACAGCACCACCACAGCCACCUUCUUCAUCGUCCAUUAAACCUCCAAAGUCACCAAGGCCACAAGCAAAGCAAUUAAAUGAGCAAUCAACAAUGCAACAACAUCAACAACAACAGCCCUCACGCUCAUCAACCUCUUCUUGUACAACACCCUCGUCAUCUGCAUCAUCCACAACAUCAUCAUCACAGGCCCAGUUAUCGCGUUCACCUGUCAUGCCGAAAGAAGAACACUCCCAAUCACGGCAACAAACAGCAUCAACAUCUGAAUUGGGAAUUUCCAUGCAACAGGGACCAUCAUGCAUGUAUCAACAAGAACCACAGCGGUCACCUGCUCAUCAUCAUCAACAUCAUCAUUCAACCGCAACGGAUAUGCAACCACCACGUUCACCCAUCCAGGCACCAGCCCAACAACAAAGACCUACAUCGUAUCAUCAACAACAACAGGCAACGGAUAAUACAGCCUAUCAACAGCCUCCAAGAUCACCCAUUAUACCACCAUCCCAUCCACCGCAGCAGCAGCAACAACAACAACAAGGAUUACCACCCCCUUUGGAUAUGGCUGCAGUGCAACAACAACAGAAGCAAAGAAUGAUGUAUCAGCAACAACAGCAGCCUCCUCGUUCCCCUGUCAUGCCACCCCCAUCACCAGGCUACACAGCUCCCCGCUCACCUAUUAUGAUGGCGCCACGAUCACCUGUUCAACCGCCUUCCUCCUUGGACUUGUAUCAUCAACAACAACAACACCAGCAACCACCACGCUCUCCCAUUGCUCUCCAUCAACAACAACAACAACCCCAUGACAUGCUACCACCCACUCAUUCCCCCAUUCAGCCUUAUGCCGUUCCCACAAGUUUAGCACCCACCAUGGAUAAUAUCACCACUGCUGCUUAUGAUCCUCGAUGGCAACAACAACAACAACCACAAGCAUCACCUUACAUGCAACCAGCAACACCCGUAGUACAGCAACAACAUGAUCCCUAUGCAUGGACGACGGCAUCAUCAAAUUACGAGCUUCCGGAUGGUAAACGGGUUCUCUUUUGGGUACGAGCUCUUUAUGAUUACAAUGCUGCGGAUCCAACGGAGCUGUCAUUCUGCAAAAAUAACCUAUUUGCUGUUACGGGCAUGUCCAUUGAUGAAGGCUGGUGGGAGGCUGAGUUAUGGGAUGAAACGUGGCAUUGUAGUCGUGCAUCGGGUUGCAUUCCCCACAAUUUCAUGGUACGCAUUUGA